CCUUUAGCAUUUCCCAAGUUUCCAUUUUGGUCAUUGAAGUGAAGCAUUCGGCUGAAGCAAAGCCAAGUUUCUUUCUUCCCAUUCAAAUUUUCUUCCGCCCCUCCUCUUCAACGAAGCCCAAUUUCUCCUUCGGUUCAAUUUGUGCUCAUUCAGAGACAGUGCACUCUUUUUCCUCUUCCGGUGUUUGUAUUUCAAAAUGUCGAUGGGGGGUGACUCCACUUGGGUUGGUAGGAAGCCUCUCAGACGCAUUGGGGGUAUGUCAGACGCUCUUUCUAUUGCCUCCGAUCUUGGCUUCUCUGUCUCCUCUCCUCCUUCCCAGGAAGAACUUCAUAAUUCAUCCUCUACUACAGGCGAAAAGGGUGAAGACUUAAUCAGGGUUCUGAGAGAACUAACUACUGUACAAAGAAAAAUAGCCGAUUUGCAAGUGGAACUUCAGGGUCGCAAGGAUGAUAAAAAUGUUGCACAUUUGACCCAUGUGAGUGAAAUGGAAAAGAAGAUCGAGACAUUGGCAAGGAUUACAACUAUACUGAAAGAUGUUAUUCAAAAUAAGGAUCGCAUUAUAGCUCGCCUACAGCAACCUUACUCACUUGAUUGCAUUCCUGUAGAAGCAGAAUAUCAGAAACAAUUCUCUGAACUACUGAUGAAGGCAGCUAGCGAUUAUGGUGCCUUGACUGCAUCAGUGGCAGACUUCCAUUGGAGUCAGAAUUUCAAGGAACCUCCUUCUGUCUGGGGGGAAAUGCUUCGACCAAUCCCAGUGGCUUUGGCAUCUUGCACUCGGUUCUUUGAAGCCAUGUCGGCAAUGAGAGAAUCGUUUGCAACUCUUCAAAAUCUGAGAGUUGGUUAUUCUGAUACCCUCGGGCCUAGGACUCCUGCCGGAGAUCCCUCGCAAAGACUUCCAGGAGUUUCUGAUUGCGUGACUCCGCCACAAUGGAAAAACGAAUCAAGUUUCGAUGACUUGGCUAUCAGAAAUCCGAGGAGGCAAGAAUUGGGUCAGCAGGGAGCAGCAGAUGGAGAAGAGGGCCAAGCAGGUGAGAUCCCUCAAGAUAAUGGUUCAAGCCACAGGAGAUUGUCUUGGCCUCCCUCAGUUCAAAAGAAUGUUGUGUAAUCCUUGAUAUUGUUAAUGUGUCCCUAUGCCAAAAAUAUCACAUAACAUCUCAAACCGUUUGUGCAGCUCAAUUGUUUGUUUAUCUCUACUCAUUUGGUUUUAUAACUAGUGUUUGUGCAGCCUGAUUCACUGAUC